AUGAGGAAAAUUGCCCUGCCCUUCCUCAUGCUUGUUCCUGUUCAGAAGCUAAUAAGGGUCCCCUUGGGCCUCCUGGACCACCGGGUGGUCCAGGUGUCAGAGGUGCCAAAGGUCAUCGUGGCGAUCCAGGUCCAAAGGGACCAGAUGGACCUCGAGGUGAAAUUGGUGUUCCUGGACCACAAGGACCUCCAGGACCACAAGGACCCAGUGGACUUUCUAUUCAAGGGCUUCCAGGUGUCCCAGGAGCAUCAGGUUCACCUGGAAGAGAUGGAGCUCAAGGUCAAAGGGUUAAUAAGGACUUGGAGUCUGAUGGACAUUUGGAUUUUUGCCACUGUACUGUCUAAUCUUGCUCAUAGCCAGGUUGAGGGUCUUCCUGGCAAAGAUGGACCCACAGGCCCACAAGGACCUCCUGGCCCAAUGGGCAUACCUGGUAGUCCAGGUGUUCCAGGUGUCACUGGAAGCCAGGGGCCGCAAGGUGAUGUUGGAGCUCCUGGUCCUCCUGGAGCUAAGGGUGAAAGGGGUGAGCGGGGUGAUCUCCAGUCCCAAGCGAUGGUGCGUGCUGUUGCUCGGCAAGUGUGUGAACAACUCAUCCAGGGUCAUAUGGCAAGAUACAACUCAAUUCUGAACCAGAUUCCAAGCCAGUCUGUCUCAACACGAACCAUCGCAGGACCUCCUGGUGAGCCAGGUCGGCCAGGGGCUCCAGGGCCACAGGGAGAACAAGGAUCACCAGGCAUGCAAGGGUUUCCAGGAAGUCCUGGUCAACCGGGAAGACCAGGAGAAAGAGGUUUACCAGGCGAGAAAGGAGAAAAAGGCAAUCCAGGUGUUGGAACACAAGGACCCCGAGGCCCACCAGGAUCUACAGGACCUCCAGGAGAAAGUCGAACUGGCAGCCCCGGACCACCAGGUUCUCCAGGCCCACGAGGUCCCGCCGGUCAUAUGGGGCCCCCGGGCUCACAGGGUCCUUCUGGCCCACCAGGGUACUGUGAUCCGUCCUCCUGCGCUGGUUACGGCAUGGGAGGUGGAUACGGUGAGCCAACUGAUCAAGACAUCCCAGUAGUGCAGUUGCCACAUAACUCCUACCAAAUCUAUGACCCCGAGGACCUUUAUGAUGGUGAGCAACAGCCGUACGUAGUUCACGGGUCCUACCCCUUACCAUCCCCGUACUCCCAGUCCUCCUAUCCAUCACCUCAUCUUGCUCAACCAGAGUUUACUCCCGUUCGAGAAGAGAUGGAAGCUCUUGAACUGAGAUCCCCGGGAAUUAGCCGCUUCACCAGGAAGAUAGCCAAAAGGAGCGUCCAGACUCCAGCGCGCAAAAGGGUGAACGGGAAAAAACCCUCUCAAUGA